UGUUAUGUAUUUUGCAUCUCUUUUCCUGUGUGCCGCAUGUUGGCUGACCCUCUCCCUUCAUAGACAUCCGUCAAAUGCCACCACCACCAAUGCCGGCAGCUCUCGACCCCACCACCAUUUCCUCCGUCGCAUUUGCAUCCGUCUCGCCCUCAGCAACAUUCUCAAAACUAUCUCUUCUGUCACCCGUUCUGCCUGAUAUGCGCUCCGGGUCACCAUCCCUCUUUGGAGUGCCUCUGACAAACUCGUCCAGGCGUCCUAUGCCAAUAUCGUCCCCUCCGCCACACCAGUCAUCCAAUAGUAAGAGUCCUCCAUCCACAUCGAGUGCACAAGUCAUCGUUCAUCCGCAAUCAUCCAAUCCAUCGACGUCCAGCGCUUCUCCACCUUAUCGUGUGCGGUUUGCAUCACCGGAGGUGUUAGAUGGGCAACCGUCCUUGAAGACCACUCAUCAUGCUCCGCUUAAAUCGGGGAGGGAAGCGACGCCUCCUAUUUAUUCACAUACCCCUCCACCUGUGUUGGAAGAUGACAAAACAGCUGGCUCAGCGGUGGAUGAUGUACCACAGUCAGAUAGGGAUAGGAGCCCUGUACAUGACGGAAUUUCUCUUGAGGUCAAGAUAGUCCCACCAGAUCUUGAAGCGCCACAUCCACAUGCGUCCAUGCCAUCAGCCAUGCACAAUUCCACUCGAUUGGUGUCAUCGAUAUGCGAGUCAACGUCAUCCCUCCAUGAUUCUGAUUCACCACCUCCAUCAUGCGAGCCCGCACUGCCUAUACACGAAUUCACGCCAGUGACACACGAAUCCACUCCAACAGCACAUGAACCCACGCCACCCACGCGCGAACAGUCACCGCUGCCUCCUCCAAAGGUGAAAAUGUCCCUAAAGGACUUUGCCCUGCGUAAGAAGAAGCAGCGGGAAGAAAUGGCGAAGGAGCGAGAGUGUGAGUCGCCUGGUGGGCUAGGUAUGGGGUUGCUAGAUGAGAGCGGGGACGAGGGGAUACACGUAGAUGAGGAUGGUGCAGAUGUGCGGCUGGGGAGAGAUUCUGAGAGCACAGACCAAGAGCGUGAUUUGGAAGUGACCAUGUCGGAUGUACGAGAGGUGCAGGAUGUGGUGAUGGAUGGUGAUGAUGAUGUGCGGACGGCUGUUGAGGGGGUAAAGGAUGAACCUGGCGCUUCUUCUGCCAUGCAGGACGUAGUGGACUGCACGCUUGAAGAUCCACCCGCUGAGAGUCAGCGGCGCUGUGAAUCUGAGCCACGAGGCGCUACUCUAUCCCCGCCAAGGUCUCCCGUCGCAUCCCUGAGAUCUGUUCGUAGCAUGGAUAACACUCGUCCCUAACAUCCAACUUGCAGAUCCCGCUUCUCUCGUGGCGAAGAUCGAGAUACCGGAAAUUUCUAUACCCAAUGGGCUUGUGGGUGCUUGUGAUAGGUCAUCACCAUCCGCGCCGGACCCACCUCCACCUCCAUUGCAUCAGCAGACCAGGGGUACAGAAAGACAGUCAUCACCCAAAACGCUUUCGUCACCCCUACCCCCUUCCGCUCCGGCUUCCUAUUCUAUCAGACCCUCUCAUGAAGACGGAGAAAUCACAAGCGCCUCUCCUCCAAAGUCGUUGCAUUUCUUUCCCCGAUCAUAUACGCCUCCAACCCAGCCCCGCUCAUUUCAGGCCUCACAUCCCUCAUCUCCUCAUUUUACUCAUACUGCAUCUACACCCACCUCGUCAUCUUCAGCUUCCUGGCGCGGCCCACCUCCGCCGACAAGAGCACCCUUAUCCAGCACUCCUGCCUCGAACGGA